GCAUUCUUUCACCAUGUCGAGAUGAAUCUUUUGCGGUGAUUGACUUUGCCAUUCCUUGUUACGGAGAAUUCUUCAGAAUUACAACAGAUAGACCAUCACUAUGCCGAAUGAACCAGCGUAUUGGACAUUGUGUUUUAUCAAAGUUAGAAGACAGUGACAAAACGAACUCCACUUGUCUCGUCAGAGAUAAGUUAAUUAGGGCCAAAAGAUUCAUACCACUUCUCCCUGUACAGCUCCAAGAAAAUGCAAGUUUUUGUCUCAAAUAUUUUUAUUCUGAAUUUCCUGCACCUCUGGAAAAUGUAACAGAUAUUACAAUGCCUUCAGGGAAUAAAGAAACAAACACAGACUUUUCCCAAACAGCAACUUUUCUUGCGGUGGGAUUUGCGGUUGCACUAAUAUUUGCUAUCAGUUUUGCAAUCAGCAUAUACAAAAUAAGAACAAUAACACUGAGAAAAAGACGAAAAGAAUUGAUGCGCCUCCCAAGUAUUCCAAAAUCGAAAGACUCUCCAUACGAAAUGGAUUUAACCAAUCCAGAAAAUCCGUAUUCCGAUCCCAACUAUGAAAUCGUAGAGGAACAAGAUGAGGGUUACGAACAUUUGCCCGAACCAGGAGAAACUACUUUAACAGACGAAGAUGGGCCAUAUAUAGAUCCUAACAAUGCAGAUGGAACAUAUUUAGAUGUAGUUCAUAGCGAAAAAGAACCCAAUGAUUACAUUAACGUUCCUCCUUACAUUGAUUUAGUUGAUGAUGCAAUAGAAGAUUCUUUGAAAUCAGAGGCUCUGGGCAUUUUACAAUCAGAGAAUGCUGGUACAAUAAACUUAACUGAGAAAAUAGAUGUGGACGAAAUAAAGACAUAAAAGAGGACAUUACCCCAUGAAUGUGCUACCAAACCAAAAGAUAAUUUCGGAAAACUUAUCAAUACAUUUAAGCAUUCGUUUGUCAGUUUUAUUUGUUCAUUUACGAGGGCUAUUCAAUAAAUAAUGUCCUGAACUGUAUGCCAUACAAUACAUAUAUUGUAACGCUUUAGACUUUGUGUAUUCCACUAUGCAAGUCGGUAUUUGAGGAUCUGUGAUUGGCUGAGGCUGAUCAUGUGACCUUAAACAACACUAUAAAAGCAAGUGCAACUAAGCUGCAGGGUUCUUUAAGUCCAAGCAGCAGAG